AUGCCAUCCCGCCCCACCGCGAGCGAUGUCGCUUCCACGAGGCACGCACUGGGUGUGGCCGCCCCCGCCGCGGAGGCAGUGAUGCUCACGCCUCCGGUCGGGAUGGCUAUGCAACGACUCGAUACAUCACCUAUCCGGAGAGAAGAGAAUGCACUCUCCUUCCGGCAGUUCCUUGCAAGGGGUUCGGGAGGAGCUGGAGCCCGUCCAAAGAGGAGACAGAAUCAAGAGCUGAACCCAAUUGGUGAUCCCCCUGAAAAUAUAGUCACUGAGAGGUUGCCUGAUUUUGUGAAGGAUUAUAUGAGUCCUAGUGGCAGUUUUGGACAAGAAGUAUCUGAGAAUGGAGACAGAUGUGAACGGACCCAUGGCUCAGCACCACCUGAUCUGCGAGCUGGUUUGCCUGAUUUCACCGCUGAUGCAAGAAUCCCUUGUGCAUCUGAAUUGGAGGCUCAGUCCUCUCCUUCUCUCAAUGGUUUUCCCUGUGAUUUGACACGUGUGGAAAACAGGCCUAGUCACAUUGUGAAUUCUCAGGGAAUGCCAGCAUCAGGACACUCGUCCAAACUGCCAGAUUUUCUCCCAGACUCUGCCAUUCCUAGUAGUUUCCCUAAGGACCAUGAGACUAGACUCAGAGGCAGUGCUCAUGGAAGUGCCCAUGAUAUGUCGAAUAGGUCUGCUGAGAGUGUAAAUCUUCCAUCUUCUGACCAACCUCCUCUCAGAUUUCCUAACAGAUGUAGUGCUUCAGAUUCAUCUACAGAACUAAGCAUCAGUGGAACAAAUGGGAAUCCUCUGUUCGACGUGAACAUUCUCAAGGAGCAGUUGGAUGAAAAUAUUAUGAGGAGGAUUAGAGCUGAAAGAGAAGUUCUGCAUCUGCAGCAGAAGUUGAGUUCUGUUGAAGAGCAACUGAAGAUCCUGUCAGAGGAGAAUGCAAUGCUCAGAAGAAGGAACCUCAACCCACUUGCAUCAGGAACAAUAGAAAAUACUGUAGCACAAAUUUACCAAGUUGCAGACAAUGCAGAGCAUCACCUCAGGCAACUUCUGUCUGGUGUGGAUUCUUUGCGGUUGAUAACUUCAGCUCUGGAUGCCAUAGAGACAUCCACCAAUCAACAUGUCUUACACAGUGAAGAAGGUGCUUCUGGAGGAGGCACUGCUUGAUUGCUUCCCUCAAUAUUAUGAGAUCCAUUCACCAUAGAGUUGUCUCCCUCUCUUGAAAAGAUCUUAUGAUCUUUUCCCAUGUCUGAGUAGCCUGAAAGACACUUGAGGUAAACCCUUGGAUCUUAUCUCAUUUCUUCACCCUGGUUCCUGUAGGAUGGUGUUGGCUCCUUGACUUCUUAUAUGUACUAUUUAUUUGUUUGCUUCUGUCAUGUAAGACUUGCCAAGCAGAGAUUUAGAGUGUUUAGACCCAUUUUGCAAGUAUAAUAUCUCUCACAGGGGAUUGGAUCACCCUCUACUAAGGGAUGUAGUGUGGAAUUAUUGUACACAGUCUGCUACAAAAGUCAAAAUGAAAAUGUUGAAUGAGAAUUAAAGUAGGGUUGCAACAUGUUUUACUGGUGUCAGAGAUUGGCUAAUGUUUGUGAUUUUGAUUUGCAUCCUUGAUUGAAAAUCAGUGUCCAGUUGAUAUGCAAUAUUUUUGCUAUUAUUUACUCCCUUUUCUCACAUAAAUUGGGGAGCUGAUAAGAGCAGUUGGGAGAGGAGAUACAAUGUUGACAUAGGGCUAGGCCUAGAUCUGUUGAGUAUUUAUGUAGUGCACAGCUCAAUGGUGGCAUGAAUUCUCAGUCCUGCAUCGACUUCAGGAUACUUCCAUACUGCUUCCUUUAUGUCUAGACCUAUGGUAAAGAGCAAGCAAGGGAAUGAGUUCAAGCACAAGCAUUGGUCCUCUCUUUGUGUUUCUCUACAUCUAUUGAUCAUAAUACUUUCCAUGUGCCUACAAUGUAUCUAGCUGAGAUAUGCUGGUGUAAUGAUUGUGAGAUGUUACAAACAGGGCUCCUCAAGAUGUUGGGCCUCAUCAAAACGUAGCAUCAUUCAUUCAUUUACUCAUUCAAUUUGCCAGCAGAAGGGCUUCAAGAGUAUGUAUUGGUCCAUGGACCUCCUCCAUUUUGCACCAUGCUUGCCCCAGACCCCUCCCAUCUUUGUGGUGUCAUUGUCUCCAUUGGAAUCACAUAUCUGCACCUAUAUGCUGACAUGUGAAGUCCUGUUUCCCUCAUGGUGGAGGAACUGUGAUUCCCUUGGGAAGAGCUGAACCUGAUCCAUUUUUUGAUCAGGAGCCCAAAAUAUUGUGUGCACUUUAAUCUUGAGUGGGAGUAAACACUUUUGGAGCAGUUGGAGUGGGAGUCUGAAUUUCUCAAAUUUUCUGGGACUGUAACCUAUAAGUGACAACUUAUUUAAAAAGUAAUAAUGGAUGAUACAAUGUGUAAUAGGGAGGUAACCCUUAUGUACAAGAACAUGCAUGCAUGCAACAGAGUCCAAUUGGUUGGAAGGGAACACUCAAGAAAUUCUAUUUCCACUUUUGCUUCUCUGGAAUGUUCUUAUUCCCACCCCAUGUGUUAUAUGCACAGAUGUAUGGCUGCACUGGAUGAUGAUGCAAGGAUGAAGGGAGGGAGCUUUAGUGUGCCUGGUGGGC